AUGGCGUAUUACGUCAACAUCACCGUUGGCACUCCUCCCCAGUUGCAAACAGUCUUGGUCGACACCGGGAGUCCCAUCAACAUCUUGCUCGCGUCGAACGCGUCGUUCUGCGAAUCUCAGCCCUGUAAUCAUGGUACCUUUGACUCAUCCGAGUCGUCGACAUUCGAGAUCAUCGAUCAUCAAAAUAUGAUCAUGAAUUUCGCUGAUACAAGCUCUUUGUACGGGGACUACUUCACAGAUGUGAUUCAGAUGAACAAUGUUGUCAUCUCGAAUGUUCCGAUAGGACGUGCACACAAAGUCAGACUGUUGUUUCCUCCAUAUACAGGAAUGAUGGGCAUUGGACCCUCGUCGCUGCAUGAUCCUCCAGGUCUCGUCGAAUCACUUAGCAAAUCUGGUGCUAUCUCGUCACGCCUGUACAGUGUUUACCUCAACACGCUCGAUCAGUAUGGCUCCCUACUGUUUGGCGGGAUUGACACCGAUAAGUAUAAGGGGUCCCUGACAACGUUGAAUUGUCUGCGCUCACCGUUCCGCCAGCGAAGGCACGAUAUGGUCAACGACUUCCUCCUGUACAUACAGGACAUCACGAUGCUGCCUUAUGACGGACCAAAGCAGACUAUACUUCAAUCUACCAAGGAUUUGUCUUACUACACGUUACCAGAUACGGGAACAACACGGUGGCAGUUACCGAGUAGCGCCUACGAUAAAGUCAUCGAGUCUGCAGGAGUCGAGCCAGCGCUCUAUCAGUACAAAGACGUAUUGCCUAGUGCCCUCCUAAGAACCUGCAGUGAUGUAGCCCGUGGUCUUGCCAACACCACCCACUUCGAGCUCACCCUUGCUGGUAAUGGUACCAACACCGCCACCCUCAAUCUCGAACUAGCCGACCUCUUCGUUCCUGUUACGUCUGAGGAUGGAAACGCUAUCUCGAAUUCAGUGGGUCAAACGAUGUGCAGGCUAGUCGUCGAUAAGCACAACGACCGUUACUUGAUGACCGGUAAUAGUGCCAUGAGAGCAGGGUACUGGGUAUUCGAUCUUGAUAAUGGCCAGGUAUCAGUGGCACAGGCCAACCUCCGAGCAAAUACAUCAAAUGCGGUUGCGGUCGAUGCUGGUACCGAAGGCUUGAGCAAGGUGGCAUUGAACCACAAGGCUGUAAUUCAGCAUGAUUUGGUCGAGAACGGAUCACCAUUCUCGAUGACUUACAACUUGUCAACAGUCACCAACACCGUCGGAUACAUGACUGGCGCCGAGUCAUACCCUAUUGCAACCAGUGUCAACGGGGUGUAUCGUGGGCUCUAA